AUGGAAAGGGUUCCUUACUCAAAUGCAGUCAGAUCGAUUAUGUAUACUAUGGUGUGUACUCGACCAGAUUUGGCUUUUGUUAUUAGUACACUUGGUAGAUUCAUGGCUAAUCCAGGGUUAGUUUACAAGAGCCAUGGUAAUAACAUUGAGGUGGAAGGCUUCUCAGAUUCAGAUUAUGCUGGUGUCAAAGAUAUAAGAAGAUCUACAUCAACUUACUUCUUUUUAGUGAAUGGAAAUUGUAUCAGUUGGAAAUCACAAUUGCAACCUGUAGUGGCUUUAUCAACAACUGAAGAUUAUACAUUGUUGCAACUUAAGCUAUAA